AUGGAGACCUACGGCAAGUUCUUGUUGGUUGUCGACCUGAUAGCGAUAAUCAUCUUCAUCAUCAUUGUGUGUGUAGCAAUUAUUUGGUCGGAGGAACAAUCGGCGACAGUUUCCGAAGAGCGUGUUAACAAUGUUCAAUUGACGCAGAUAGUCAUCGGUGUGGUUCCUAAUAAUAGUGAAGAUGUUUCCGAGACGCGUAGAUUUUGGAGCUUGGAUUUGUUUCUCGACAAUCAUGGGUUUGUUUUGGAUAAAUUUAUCGAAGAAAAAUCUCGGUCCAAAGAUUCUCAUUGCACAAUUUGCCUCGAGGAAUAUAAAGACAGCGAGCCUCUAGCCGUGAUUAAGCCAUGUGACCAUAGAUAUCAUGUCGUUUGUGCCAAGACAUGGUUUGCCGAGAAUGAUACAUGCCCGUUGUGUAGAACUCGGGUUUUUGUUUGA